AUGGAGGUUCGGCCGACAGUGGCCUGGAUCCUGAUGCUGGCGAUUAUCGGUGAUUGGUCGACAACUGUCCAGACUCGGGACUUCACGAUGGAGGACAUCGUUCAUCUGCAUCCCUCAACCACGCCUCACCCCGGUGCCUUCAAGUGCUUCACGUGUCGAGAUGCCGCCGAUAACUACGAGUGCAACCGCUGGGCCCCAGAUGUUUUCUGUCCCGAAGACACCAGAUUCUGCCACACGCUCCACAUGAUGGACGACCGCGGGGACAGCGUCUCUGUAACCAAACGCUGCGCCACGCCCGAGAGCUGCCGCUUCGCCGGCUGCGUUAACGUCACCCACAAUGGCUUCCAGGUUUGCACGUCCUGCUGCGAGGGGAACAUCUGCAACGUUCUGGUGCCGAGGAACGACAGCGGCGCCGUCUUCUCCAGCUCUCGUCUGGCGAGCUCGGGCAGGAGGCUCCACCCUGCUGCGCUGCCCUGCUUCCUCGCCGCCUGGACAGCAGGACGCGUUUGA